CACUGAUGCGCACUAAUAGGUGGCACUGAUUGGCAUUGAUAGGUGGCACUGACUGGCACUGAUGGGUGGCACUGAAAGGCAGCUCAGAUGGGCACUGAUAUGUGGCAUUGAUGUGUACUGGUAGGCACUGAUAUGUGGCAUUGAUGUGGCACUGAUGGACACUGACAGCUGGCACUGCUGGGGCUACACUGAUCAUCAGGGCACACUGAUCAUCAGUGCCCUGAUGAUCACUUUCAGCGUGGCAGCUCAAGAGGAGAGAAAUGCCGAUAACUGGCAUUUCCCUGUUUACAUGUGCUUAGCUGUGAUU